UUAGUUUGCAAAUUGCAAGUUGCAAACGAUCAUUUUUAUUACAGGUUUAUUGUCUUCAAUUUCCUUGAUCCUAUAAGCUGAAAACACAAAUCUUAAGGAUACUAUUUUCCAAUGCAUCUAAAAGUGGAAUUUGUCAUUUUUUGCUUGCCCAGAUUAUCCAGAUGAACACAUUCAAACCAGGCCACAAAGAAAAGGCAAGGCGUCUGAGUUUCUUCCUCAUCCUCUGCUUUCAUGUGGCCAGGGCCCCUCCACCGGGUUCAUGCAAGCACUCCGUUACCCAGGACCACCUUCUGACCCUCCGAAAACUGAUUCAAAACCAGCUAUCAAGUGGCUGCUCAAUUAGAUAUACUUUCAUAGAGCGGCAACAUAUGAGUGAGGUUUGUUACAUCAAAGCUGCGUUUCCAAAGAUCCUGGAUUUACUCAAGACACAUUUUCAAUAUGUCCCAAAAUCAGACAACAAUGGCUAUGUUACGACCUUGGAAAAUGUCAUUUAUAACAUCUACACCCACAAAUGCAUUCCUGAAAUCAACGAGGAAGAGGAGGACAAUCCUGAGAAGUUCAUGAGUGACUACAAUACAUCGCCUCAAGAUGGUCUGCAGAAAGCCCAUGAUGUCCUGUCUAUGUACAUGAACCUGAUGACGGAGGGCAGAGAGCCUUUAGACUGGAGCUGCGAAGAAGAGUAUGCAGUGGAUGUUCUUGAAGCCCAUGAUGUUCACCACCAUACACAAGGCACUCCACGCUGUCACUGUCCUUCCACAGAAGAGUGGCCAACCACUUCAGAAAUCUAUGCAGCGACAAGCGAACAGACAGGCCGACCUCCAUCACAGUUCACAACAAAGACUCUGGAAGGAUCCUCUCAGCCACACCAUACUACAACAGCCACAGCGUGGUCAUCCCAAACAGCUGGCACUGCUGACGACCACACAGACGUUUUGGACUCAAAGGGACAAAAAGGUGGCAGAACCUUGCAUAGUGAUCUGCUCACUGGACCCACACUUAAACCAGUGACAGAGUGAGACCUGUAUCAUGGGGGCCCAUAUAAUCCAACAUUCACAAAUCAAUGCAAAGUUGCCUGAGAAGCUCCUGUUUUGUUUGGUCGGUCGAGCUAUUCUGUUCCUUGUCUCCAAAGCCUAUUGGAAGAUCUGCAGAAACUAUGGAUGGCCAUUUUACCCAGUCUUUGAAACCCUCAUGCAAAUGUGAAACCCUCAUGCAAAUGU